AUUUUUUUUUGACGUUCACCCUUUCCGAAGAACUUUUCCAUAUAAUUAUAAACGAAUAAAGUUUUGAAGUACGUCACUUCGUUGAGAUAGAAUAACAGAAACUCAGCAGAGAUUUUAUUCCGCUACGCAUGAAGUUCAAACAAAAUUUCACAGUGUCGGAGAGAAAUUUAAUUCAGAAAGUGGAACGGGAAAUCAAUAAAAAGGAUCUGGAAUUACGGGCCGGCAAAAAAAUACCCAGCAAUCCCCUGAUUCAGAAAAAUCUGACGUUUUUGCAAGGCUACGAUCAAAUUUUCGGGACGCCUCAGUAUUUCGGGCACUCUGGCGCCAGAUUUAGAGGAUCCCUAAGGAACCACAAGUCUUUCGAUUUGGUUCGCGAUUUAAGACUGGAUCAAGCGGAAUUUAUUAAAUCUCAGGUCAAACAAAGAUCGAAGUUAACCAAACAUCACCGUCUCAACGAAGCAACCACCAACAGAUCAUCAGCUGGAUAUCUAUUUGAAACAGACGCUGUAGGAGAUCACCAGAGUGAAUCUGAAAACAAAGAAUCGACGCAAACUUCAAAAAUGGCGGAAGAAUCGGAAGACGUUGAGCAAGAUCUUGCCGUCGCAGAAGAAAAAGGGGAAGAGGAAAGAUUUGAAACAGAACCGGAAAAAAUGGAUGAUGAUUUCUUAGAUCAAGAAGAGGAAUUUGACGAUAUACCCGAAGAGGAUGAAGAAGAAGAUGAUGACUUGCAAGAGGUGGAGAAAAUGAUCCAAGAAGCGUCCGACCAAUUGGAGAAAGUGGCCGAGGAAGGUCAAAAAGUGAUAGAAAAGCUUGCAGGGGAGGAAGAGCAAUUAGAACUGGUAACAGAGACGUUAGUUGAGAAACCCGAAGGAGACGAGUCCGUGUUCAAGUUCGAUGCUGCUACAGAUGCGGCGGUUCUGAGAGAGCUCGAGGAGGCGGAAAAGCAGGCCAAGGUAACUGCCAAGGUGAUUGCGGAUCUCAAAGAGAGAGUUGGGGAGCUUUUGGAGAAGGAAGAGAUGACCGAAACGGAGGCCAGAGAGUUGGAGGCUAAAAACAUGGAGCUGAAGAAGCAAAUGAUGCUUUUCGAGGAGAAAACUAAGAGGAUGCAGGCGUUGCUGACUCAAACGAAUCUAUUCGACAAAAUGGUGCCCAUCAAGCCUCCUUUACAGGUAAAACAUGCAGAAGACGUGUUGCCGAAGAUGCUGGUAUGUGGUUACGGCGAAGACCUGAUGCCGAAGAUCGUGGUCUGUGACGAUAAAAAACGAAGCAAGUCCAAAAGCCCAUGCACCGCUAGGAGUGUGAGUCCCAUAGGCAGACAAAUGAUUGAUAGUUACCACAUGCUGGAAGACAAGCCAAAAUUCGAUCGAAAGAAUGUAUUAAACAGAGAUGAAACUCUAGGAUGUCUUCAAAGACAGGUUUGUGUUUUGCGAACCGAAAUGGCAGCCGUACACCAGGUCAAUGCUGCGUUUACUGAAAAUCUUCAGAUGUGCCCCAAUCCAGAGUGCCCGAAGAAUUCACGGCCCGGUUCGCCCGCAAAAAAGUCCUGCGGGCCUGGCCGAGGCGUUUGUCCAGCAGAAGUCCAAAAUAGGCUUAAAGAGUAUUCACACACCACCACCCAGCUGGAGAAACAACUAGGCGACAUAGAAAUAGAAGUGAAGGGCAUCCAGGAGGAACUUUUAGAAGUCCAAAAGGAAAGAGAGCAUUUGGAGCACCACAGGAAAAAGAUGUGCGUGCCACCAUCCUGUCGCCACAUACCUUGUAUGCCUGCCACGCCCAGACUAACGUGCGGUGGCGAGGAUCAGAAAUACAAGGAGUUGAAAGAACAGUACAACAGACUUCAGGAAGAUUUCAGAGCAAAGCUCACAGAGGUCGCAGGAUUGAGGGCCGACAAUGAAAAACUUAAAGACCAAACAAAAGCCGCCGAAGACGCAAGGAAAGCGCUGGAGGACAAGGUCAAGGAACUGGAAAAGAGGCUUAAAGAACUCAGGGGUGAUUUGGGAGUGAAGGGAUCUGGAACCCGAGAGCAAAUAGUGGAACUUGAACAGCAGCUCAAGGUGUUCAAAGAGAUGUACAGGCAAGCACAGGAUGAGCUAGAGGAGCUGAGAGCGCUAGCCGAAGACGUUCAAGGUCAGCUGGGUAGCUACCGCAACAAGUAUUUAGAGGCAAUCCAGACGGUAGAAGAGCAACGGCGCCAAAUCGAUAUCAUGCGCCUGGAGAACGACAGAGUUAGCGAGCAGGUCAAUUUGGAAAUCCAACGGGUGAAGAAUCAGUUUCAGGAAAAGCUGCAGGAGUUGGCGCCGCUGCCCGAUAUUCUCAAAAGCACGCAAACCAAGUUGCAGGAGGCCCAACAGCUUCACCUACUGGCUGAGCGUAACAACGAAGCUUUGAGCAAAGAGCUGCAGCUGUAUAAGGAUAAGCUGCAGGCUCUCAACGACGAGAUGGACACGAGAGUCGGCGACGGAAGCGAAGCUCUCAGCCAAAAAGAGCAAAUGGCUUUGAAGUUUAAAGAGUUGGUGGAGAGAGAGCGGGGACUUAGGGAUGAAAACGAGAACUUGAUCUCCGAAAAAGAACGGUUGAAGGAGGUGGCGGAUGAAAAUGAAAGGGUCGCCAAUGAGAAACUGCACGAGAUCGCGCAGCUGGAGAGCCAGUUGGAGAACGUGAGGGAGGAGUCGGCCAGGCAGGUGUCGAGGAUCAAGGAUCGGUGCGAGAUCGUAAGGAGGAGCAUGCAGAACCAGAUAUCGGACCUGGAGCAGCAACUGGCGCAGACCAAGGCGUGUGUGAGGGCUGCGGAGAAGGACAGGGACGAGGUGAGACGAAAGAUGCACGUCCAGAUCGUCAAUUUGGGCCAGAACUUCGAGGACGCGCAGAUGCGGAUCAGGAAUUUGCAGGGACACGUGAAUUUCCUGAAGAACGCGUACUGUUCGCCGGGAGAUGCCACCAGGACGGCGGAUCCUGAUCCGUGUGGCUGUCCGGCGGAAUACUAAGGGACGCGAGGCAAAUAAAAUUACA